CUUUUCGCGACGUCCAGCAUUUCCCACCUUACACAACCACUACGGAAACGGACCACGCUCGCACGACCACGACCGUCCGAAACGUCCACCCUUCGCCGCACAACCUCCGUCGCCUCCGAAAACUACCCCGAACCGUCCCGUCCCGUCACAGCAAUGGGGAAAGCCAAGAAGACCAGAAAGUUCGCACAGGUCAAGCGUAUGAUCUCGUCGCGCGAUGGGCGCCUGAAGCAGAACCAAGAGAAGGAGGCGGAUGCGGCUAAGAAGAAGGAUGUCAGCGAGAUAGUGCGCGAGAUACCUCAAGUGGCAUCCUCCCUCUUCUUCCAAUACAACGAAGCGCUGCGGCCGCCGUACUCGGUGCUGGUCGAUACCAACUUCAUCAACUUCUCGAUCCAGAAGAAGCUGGAGCUGAUCCAGGCCAUGAUGGAUUGCUUGUACGCCAAGGCGACGCCGGUGAUCACCGACUGCGUGAUGGCGGAGUUGGAGAAGCUGGGUCCUAGAUACCGCAUCGCGCUCAGGAUCGCGAGAGAUCCUAGGUUCGAGAGGUUGAAGUGCGACCACAAGGGCACCUAUGCCGACGACUGCAUCGUCAACCGUGUCAUGCAGAACAAAAUUUACAUUGUGGCGACGAACGAUGUGGAUCUGAAACGGAGAAUUCGGAAGAUCCCCGGUGUGCCGAUAAUGAGCUGUGGUACUGGAAAAUACGCGAUCGAACGACUACCGGAUGCUCCCGAGAAAUAAUGAGCACUGUAACGGGAGGUGGCGGUGCGGUGUCGACUCACUACGACGGGGCACGUGGGCACCCGGGGAAAAGGUGGAAUCAUACAGCACGGCGUUUAUUAGGGAUUUGUCCUUUUCUGUUUUCGAAAUCUAGGGAUUUUUGCUCUCAGAUCUUGCCUGGUCUGCCUCUGUACCAGUACAUACUCAAGAUGUAGCCAGGCAUUGUCCACGUAUCUUAUAACCCGGAGAAUCACGGCGCGUCAGAUAUGACCGAGUGAUCAGUCAUGAUUCGGUCCUAAUGUGCGUUUUAAUUCUUAAAACGGCAGAGCGGGUUCAAAAAUGGCAAAUCUCGGAAUUCCGAUUGGCUUCGGAUAUCUGCCUGAUAUCAUUUCGUUUCGGCUUUGGCAUACCUAGAGUAAGAACGAGAGCAUGUUAGCUGCGAUGACAGUUGGUCGAAG